GUCUGACACUUGUCUCUCUUCUGGCCUGGAAAAGCCUCUCGCUCUUUGUGAGGGACCUCAAAUUGCUUCCCUGCCUGCUGCCCACGGAGCCAAAGAAGAGACCACCCUCUCUGCUUUCUUCCCGCCAGGAGAUGGCCGCCGGCGCCGGAAUUCCAGGGUCUCCGACCGCCAUUUACGCGAGUGGCAGUCUUCAGUACUCGAGGACUGGCCUCUCUGUGACAAAAUCAAGCAACGGAAUCCCGUGGAAGGUCCCCCUCUAUAAGAACUGGCAGAACGGCACGGUCUCCCUUCGGCGAAGAAGAGUAAGAGCACCUGUGGUAUCGUCAUCGUCAGAGAAUGCACCUCUUUCUGUGAUGCCUGAAGAUGCAGAAGCUUUGUUGGAUGAUGUUAAAGUAUUAGACUUGUCAGGAAAGGAAAUCCCAGUUACUGAUUUAUGGAAAGAAAGAAAGGCAGUGGUUGCUUUUGCUCGUCAUUUUGGAUGUGUUCUCUGUCGCAAGCGUGCUGAUCUUCUUGCUUCUGUAAAGGAUAAGCUGGACGAUUGUGAAGCGGCACUUGUUCUGAUAGGCCCGGGUAAUCUUGAACAGGCAAAGACAUUUUCUGAACAGACAAAAUUCAAAGGAGAAGUUUAUGCUGAUCCCAGUCAUUCAUCAUACAAUGCUUUGAAGUUUGUUUCUGGAGUAACAACAACGUUCACUCCUGCGGCAGGUAUGAAAAUAAUUCAAUUGUAUCUUGAAGGAUACAGGCAAGAUUGGAAGCUUUCUUUCGAAAAGGACACCGUCUCAAGAGGGGGUUGGCAACAAGGGGGGAUUCUUGUAGCGGGUCCUGGGAAAACCAACAUUCUGUACUUGCACAAGGACAAGGAGGCUGGCGAUGACCCUGAUGUAGAACAAGUUCUGAAAGCAUGUUGCUUGUGAGGUUCUUUCAGUUGGCAUUCUGCCGAACACAGCUGAGAAGGUUGUCUGGAUAUCAUUAUGCAGUUAGCCGCCCUGCUGCUGAGGUGGUCCCGCCAUGAUCUCUUUGACGAUUGUUUGUGGCCUUUUAUUAAAUAUAAAGUUGAUGUAUCUUAAACCAUUAUUGCUGUAUUCAAGUUUAUCUAGCUUUUAAAUUUUUUC